AUGCGGAGGGGCGUACGCUCAGCCACAGGAUGUCAAGAGUGUAGGGCUCGACAUGUCAAGUGCGAUGAAACAAAGCCUGCAUGUUCGAGAUGUAGCAAGCGAAAGUCAUCAUGCGAUUAUGGCAAAAAGCUAGAGUGGCGUCACAGCACGGCUCCCAGUCAAAAUACAUCCACUGCUGGACAGCUAAAGACACGACGGCCAGAUCGUCCGGCUGUUGAGGGGACGCAUGUUACACAGACCGAUACAGGCACCGGUGGUUCUAAUUUCGAAAAUUUGGAGAUACCGGACUUCAUGGAUACGACAACAGUAUUGGGCGAGCUGGCUCAAUGGGAUGAUCAAUAUGCUCUCGAGUUUCCAGAUAUGCUUCCGAUCGAAGAGUUCCCCGAGAAUGCCACUUAUCAUUGGAACGCCCAAGAAGUCUCCACAUGGACUGCAGACGUAAUGCAGCCACAGUCCCCCUUCUCUACAGAACUCAACAUUGGACCGUACCUAGCAGGUCUCGGCUCAAGCUUUGAUAGAAGCGCUGCUUUGAUGAAUUUCUACUUCACGAGAGUUGCUCCCAUGUUCAGUUGCUAUGAUGGCGGCAAAAAUCCGUUCGACCAUUUGAUCAAACAGGUCUGGCAUAGCCAGCGAAACUCCGCAGAAUACAACUUCUUGAUCAAAGCUAUCCAGGGUCUUGCGGCGGUAUUUCUGUCGAAGGACGAUUCAUCAUACCGCGAGGAGGCUUUGGCCCUUCAGAGGCAGGCUCAAGACCAGCUCGAGCGUGUACCCGAGCCUCAAAGAUAUGACUCCAAGUACCUCUUUGCUCUCGUAUUGCUUAGCAUCAGCUGGAUGUACAGUCAAGAUGUGCCAUCAUCGUUCAAAGCUUUGAAAAGGCUGCGCGAUAUUCUGCAACUGGAGGCGACCAAGGACGUAUCAAAAGUGUCAAAGUUGCGCGACCGUGAGCUUCGCUUUUUCUGGGGCCUACAAAUUUAUUGCGAGGUCUUCUUUGCUUGCACAGAUGGGUUUUAUUGUCUUCCCUCUAUCCCAGCACAGAUCCGAUACGUUCAAGAUGACCCCGCGUCAAGCAUAUAUCCUCAUCCUUUUACUGGUGUGGCUAAUGCCAUUAGCACUACCCUUCUUGAGGUGAUACAAUUGGUCAAAAAGCAGAGACUACUGGCGAGAAGUCAUGCUUUUGCCUCACGUAAACACCUUGAUGCUUUGCAGAAUCUCAUAGCAGAAGCUGCAGAUCUGGAGCAGCACGCAUUCACACAAGCCGUCCCUAACGUGCAGCAGAUAGAGGAUCCAGGAGAUCCCGCCACACCUGUAGAACAUCUCGUCAAGAUGGCGGAAUGUCAUCACGAGACUGCCCUGCUACAACUAUAUCGUGUCUUCCCCGACCUCUUGACCCGACGUCUGGCUCUUGAUGUAGCAGAUGUCUGCGAGGACAGCGCCCAAGAUGUGGAUCAGCUCGUGGAAAAGCAUUGUCACAUCAUGGCAAUGCACAUUCUUGAUACCCUGUCCUCGAUCCCCGACUCUUCCAGCACGACACCAUUUCAAACAAUAUUGUUGCUCUCGACAUCAAGCGAACUCAAACUCAAUACAAGACAAGAAAUUCAUGAUUUCGGUCUGGAAGUCGCUACUCCCGCGUCCGGAUCCUUGGAAAACAGUAGAACUAUGGACAUGCGGCAGUUCGUAGUCAAGAGGUUGAGCUCUCAGCACCCCAUACCUGGCGACAGGCUACCAAGAUUACUCCGCGUGGUGAGGAAAAUUUGGUCCUUGCUUGAUUGCAGCGGAAAGUCCGAGGCGGCUUAUUGGUUCGAUGUGGUUAUGCAGUAA